UAGGAGCUAUGUUUGGACAACGGAGGAAUCAGAUUUUCCAUCCCAUCUACUUUGCUAGGUACAAAGGUGAUAGUUUAUACUGAUCACAUGUCCAUUAAAUAUCUAUUGUCAAAGAAAGACUCAAAACCACGAUUGAUUCGUUGGGCUUUGUUACUCCAAGAAUUCGAUUUGGUGAUACAUGAUAGGAAAAGAGUAAAGAAUCAAGUGGAAAACCAUCUAUCCAAAUUAGAGCAAAAAGAAGAUACCCACUACUCUAUUCCUAUUAAUGAAUACUUUCCAGACGAACACAUCUUUAAGAUUUUGGUUCUUCACUAUCGGACUCGGGAUUUUUGAAGUCGAAGUCGCCCACACUAUCAAAGCUCCUUUUGUAAUGGAUCCCGAUCUCGACCGAGCGGUAGCUGAUGAUCUUGAGAGUGUUGCGCCUGCUCCCGCACAAGGGACAGCGCGGUGGACUCUCAACCUAUUGCUAGCAAUCCGAAUGAUGAGGCUAGGCAAGCUUUUUAUAGCGUGAUGAAUGAUUGGUUCAACCAAUACAUUCCAACUAAUACGGCUGUUCCACAACCUCCAUUCCUGACAAACACAACCCCGCACCUCGAUACCUCCAAAGAGUGACCAAAUAAAGUCAAAUAAGCCCCAGUUGAUGAAUCCGAAAACACGGGCUAUCAAUUUAAAGCUACGGACAAUGAUGAUGUCGAGCAAGCUGAAUUUUGGUUGGACAACACUAUCCGGCAUACUCGAUGAGCUAUCUUGCACACCCGAUGAGUGCCUAAAGUGUACUAUCUCCUUGCUACGUGAUUCUGCCUACUAUUGGUGGAAUACGUUGACUUCUGUUGUGCCUAGAGAGCAAGUAACUUGGGAGUUUUUCCAAACCGAGUUUCGGAAAAAGUAUACCAGUCAAAGAUUUAUGGAUCAAAAACGGAAGGAAUUUCUUGAACUUAAACAAGGUUCCAUGUCGGUUACCGACUAUGAACGAAAAUUUGUGAGGCUUAGCCGGUACGCACGAGAAUGUAUUUCCUCAGAAGCCGUAAUGUGUAAACGUUUCGAGGAUGGACUAAAUGAUGAUAUAAAGCUGUAUGUUGGCAUCUUGGAAAUCCAAGAAUUUGUAGUACUUGUUGAGCGAGCUUGCAAGGCCGAGGAGCUCAAGAUGGAGAAAAGAAAAGUCGAGGUGGGAGCAAGGGAGUUUCGUAAGAGGUCUUCGGGGAAGCCCUUCCCACAGUCAUCGAAGAAAUUUAGAGAUGGCUUGGACUGGUCUAGGGAUACUUCGGGCUUUUCUAGACGAGAUCGCGAUCGACCCCCUAUGAGCACACGAGUCACUUCGAUCGCCAGUGUUGGAAUGACCGUCGAGACAGAGCAGAAUGGCAGUAUUGUGGUAAAUAUCAUUCAGGGAGUUGUAGGUUCCAUGACCGCUCCUGUUACAAGUGCGGGUCAACCGACCACUUUAUCAAAGAUUGCCUGAGAUUGUCUGAACAGAAUGUAAAUCAGAGUGGGAAACCGGGUGCUACCACUACUCGGGGUAGACCAUCUAGGAAUACGGGCAAUGCUAGCGGCGGUCAGAGAUGAUCUAGAGAUGCUACCACCAGAUCUGAGGCUCGUGCUCCUGCUAGGGCUUAUGCCAUACCGUACGCGAGGAUGCUUCCUCGCCAGAUGUUAUUAUCG